AACAUACAUUCAUUCAUUCAUUUCCUCAUCCGAAAACUUCUCAACGGUGGAGGUGCUAGGCGUAAAAUUUAUCCUUUGCUCAAACGUCUUUAAGAGCUGGUCUCUAUUUUUAAAUUGUACUUCAAAAAGCAUCGCGAGGGAAGAAUUUCAAGACAUAGGCGACCGGAGUUUUUAAAUUGCAAAGUUUACAACAUUAUUACAAAACUGAAUUUCAAUCAUUCGGAGGAUCGGAUUUUAUUCUGCCAUAUUCUGAAACCUGCACACGACCUACUUCUCUGCUGUGCUCAGACCAGGAUAUUCGUGAUCAUGGAUCGGCAGGGGCGUAGCGAAAGUGAGGAUCAAAGGGAACCAGUGCAGAUCAGCGAUGACCUAACCGCUUUUGUUAAAAAUCUUCUCGACCAAAUGCAAUCAAGAUUUCUGACUAUGUCGGAAUCCAUUACCCAAAAAAUUGAUGAGAUGGGAACUCGAAUUGAUGAUUUGGAAAAGAGUAUUGAAGAUCUUACAAAGGAAACAGCAGAGGUGGUUCCACCUUCUGAUUCUUUGUCACCUUCUGAUCAGAAAGACACUAGCUGAGACACUGGCUGAUGCAGUUAAUGGGAGUCCAAUGUAAAGGAUACCAAAUGAUUUUUGCAGUUCUUCUAGUUUUGAAAUUAAUUCUGGUAACUUGGAUAGUGUUUCCACAUUUAUGUAAAAGCACUGUUAACUUGAAAUAGUAUUUCUGGAUUGUAAAGCCUUGCCUGAGCAGGCGUGGAACUCUUACACAGGAUUCUGGUUAUUUCAUGAUAUUUAUAUUUUUCAUUUGAUUGUAUUAAUGAAUAAUGUAGCGAUGGUGUUUACUUUCCAGGUGGCUAAAGUUUCUUUUACGUAGUCACCUUUAUUAAAUCAUGGUAUUGUAUUAUUCUCUACAAACAGAUAUCUACUGAAUUUGAAUAUGGAUUGAAUCUGAAUUUAUAUGCAA